AUGAGUCCCUGCUCUAACGUCUUCCGCCCUUCAAUGAUACCAUUUCCCCCGGCUCACACUCCUGGGCCCUUCACCCAUCCCAUUUCCCCCCUGCUCACACUCUUCCCCCUUCACUCACCCUAUUUCCCCCCCGCGCACCCCUUCCCCCCUUCAAACAAGCCAUCUCCUCCCUCCUCACGCUCAAUGGCCUUCACUCACCAUAUUUCCCGCCUCUGCACUCUCUUUCCCCCUUCACUCACCACUUUUCCCCCCUGCUCACUCUCUUUUCCCCUUCACUCACCCCAUUCCCCCUUGCUCACUCCCUUUCCCCCUUCAAAUAUCCCAUUUCCUCCCUGCUUGCUCACUUUUUCUCCUUCACUCACCCCAUUUCCCCCCCGCUCACGUCUUUUCCCCCUCCAAUCAUCCCAUUUCCGCCCUGCUCACUCUCUUCCCGUGUCACUCACCCCUUCCCCCCUCUGCACUCGCUUUUCCCCUUCACUUACCCCGUUUCCCCCCUGCUCACCCCCUUCCCCCCUUCAAUUAUCCCAUUUCCUCCCUGCUCACUUUCUUUCCCCCUCCACUCAACCAAUCUUCCCCCCUCUGCACUAUCUUUCACCUACUUUCCUGAUCGAGCAGGGGCCGCUGCUGACUGUCGUGAGCAAGGAGGGCUAA